UCCGAGUCCUUGGUCCUGGUUCUGAAGCCUGCAAACUGCUUCUGGAGGCCCGGCGCCAGCUCUGGCCUUCUGCUCUGCCGCUGACCAUCACGCGACCACGGUGGCUUUCUUCUUCUUCAGUCAUAAAAUAAGAGCCGAGCCUGGGCCCAUCUUCUCAUUUCCCCAUGUUCCCAAGCAUGUUGGAAGUAGAAAAAAUCAGAAAGCCCCCCAGGAGACAUGCACCCUCGGGACCUGACUCCCCCAUGACCAGACCCAAGAGUCCAGCUGCCACAACGGCUUCUCCCGGCUCCGAGUUCAACACCAGAGCUACCAAUACCUCUCAUGGACUUGGCUGGGGGGCCAGGGGGCGCCUGCUGGAGACCGAGGUCAAAUGCGAGUUUGUAGACAUAGAGGAGAAGGCCGGCAGUGACCCCGGGAAGAUCAGCCCCUCCGGCUCCCAAGAGGGGAGUGAGAGGGGCCCAUCCCUGCAAAGGAAGAGACCUCGUCCCCUCCCCAGUGGCCCCUCCAUCCCCUCACCUGGCCAGGUGUUCCUGGAGGAGCAGGAAGAAGGUGCCCCGUGCCUUCGAGUCUGCAGCGAGAAGAAGAGAGCCCACUGCCUGGGGAGGCCUGGUCUUCACCCAGCUGCCUCCCAUGCAAAGUACCAGGCCGGCCCGGGGCAGAAUAAGCCAAAAGGAGACUCUGAACUCUGUGGCCUCAAAUCCGUGCUUGGGCAGGAGCCCCCUGUGCAGCCUGAGAAGAAGGUGUCCAAGCAGAAGGCGCGUGGACGCAGAGAGGUGGGGCAGCCGGCGAGAAAGAAGUCAAGGGACCCGGUGCUCAUCUCUGCCCCAGGCCCUUCCCCAGCGCUGGUCCAGGCGAACAACCUGGACGGGUCAGAGAUGGGCCAGCCCAGUGAGAAUGAGGAAGCCAGGCAAGCCGACAUCCUCAUAGCCCGUCUGGACAGAGAGGUGCGACGCCUUAAGAAGUGGAAGAAGAGGCAUUUGCUUCCUGGUGUGGGGACGUCGCCCCUGCGGAGCCUCCAGAAGCCGCCUGGCUUGAAGAAGCUGAUCAGAACUAUAAAAGCUGAGACCAAGGGCUGGGCUUCUCCCGGGCGUCCCCUGGGCUCUUGGGACACCGUAGAUCAGAAACCUACGUUGGAUGUCAGACGUUUCUUUACCGUCGAUUGCAAGAACGUUUGCCGGGUCACCUGCACUCUGUGUCACACCAGCAUCAAACAGGGCAAAAUUAAGGGGCAGUCCCCGAGCUCAGGCCUAGUCCAUCACUUGGUGAGUAAGCAUGGGCUGGAGAGGGAAAGAAAGCCCACUGCGGCCAGCCCUGGAGAGAAGCGGGGCGGAGUGGAGGAGGGAACGCAGAAGGGCCUGCCCGCAGGUGCCACCAGCUGUGUCCAUGAAGGGCUCCCGUCACCAGGACGCUGCGCAUAUGCUGCGUCCUCAGAAGACAGUGAUGGGCAGCGGGCCCCGGGCAGGCGUGAGCAGCUGUUACUGGCUCCACCCCUGCCUACUCUCAUCAAAGGCGAACCUGCUGCCGUGGCGGUCUCGGAGGACCAAGGUGACGGGCAUACUCCCAGCCAGCCCCGCUCCCAGGCCUGGAACCGGAGCAUUGCAGAGUUACUCUGCAGCCUGGCAUUGCCCCUGUCCUUUCUUGCAUCCCCACCCUUCAGGAGGUUUAUGGCCCAGGUCGACCCUGGCUACCACCUGCCGUCCCCAGCCUUCUUCUCUGACGAAGCCUUGCCUCUGCUUCGCGAGGUGAUGGGCGAACAGGUGCGUCGGGAGAUGCAAUGGGCUGAGGGUGGCCGCGUCCACCUCACCGUGUCCAUGGCAGCCCAGGACAUGGUCGCGGAGGACUAUGUGGCUGUGACUGCCCACUGGGGGGUGAUACAGCCAGGCGGCCAGCAGCCAGUAUCGGGGAGCCCGAGGAAGCGAGCAGUGCUGUGGGUCCGCGGCCUGCCGCUGGGGAGCGCUUCGGAGGACUGGCCGCGGGCACUGCGUGAGCAGGUCAGCCUGUGGCUGGGCCUGGGCUCCCUGCGGCCAGGCUUCCUGGUGUCGGGCGGCUGCCCCAGUCUGGAGCAGGCGGCGAGGUCGGAGGGCUACACUCACGUCCCUUGCUUUGCCCAUUGCCUCAACUCCCUGGUGAAGAACUUCCUGUGUCACCAUCACAGUGUCCAGAUCAUCCUGGGCACAGCCAAGGCCAUCUGCAGUCACUUCGAAGGCUCUGCGGAGGCCCGGCGGCUCCUGGCACAGAUGCAGCGGCAGUGUGGCCUCCCAGCCCACCAGCCCCUUUGGGAACUCUCGGACCACUGGGGCUCGGCCUACCGCCUGCUGGCGUGGCUGGUGGAGCAGCGGCGGGCCCUGCAGGAGUACGAGGACAGGCAGCAGCUGGGGAGGGCCGGCAUGGCCCUGUCGGCCACGUUCUGGAGCCUGACAGACAGCCUGGUCAAGCUCCUGCAGCCCUUCCAGGUGGCGGUCCGGGAGGCGAGCGUGGGGCAGGCCCCUCUGAGCCAGGUGCUGCCCCAGCUGCGCUACCUGCACAUCUUCCUGGAGCAGGCUCACAGACUCUUCGAGGAGCAGAGGGGCGGGGAGGCGGGCGCGGCCGUCCGGCUGGCCGAGGGCUUGGCCCUGCAGCUGUCCACAGACUGCCAGCUCAACGAGCUCUUCCACCGCGAGGAGCUGGUGCUGGCCACGCUCCUGGAUCCGCGCUUCAAGGGCCGGAUCGAGGCCAUCCUGCCCGCGGGGGCCGACAUCGACCACUGGAAGCAGGUGCUCGUGUACAAGGUGAAGGAGAUUAUGGUGUCGGACUACUCCUUGCCUCCCUCGCCCUUACUGGAGAGACCCAAGGCCGUGUGUGUGGACGCCACCCCGAGUGGCAGAAUAGCCAGAGGCCCCGGGUCUGAGGUGAGGGGCCGGAAGGAGCCCGUGCAGGGAGGCGGCAGCCCUGGGCCCCCGCUGCUGGACCGUGGGGAGAAGAGCUUGCUGGAGCAGCUGCAGAGCGUGGGGCUGCUGGCGUCCCCGGGGAGCGGAGCCUCGCUGUCCACCGAGAGCCACCUGGCCAGCGUCAUCGUCAAGAAGUACCUGCGUGAGAACCAGACAGUUGGCGCCCUGGAGGACCCCCUGGCUUACUGGGAGAGGAGGCGGGAAGUCUGGCCAGCCCUGGCAAGACUGGCCACUGUCUAUCUGUCCUGCCCUGCCACCAGCGCCUUCUCCGGAAGCGUCCUUGCCGCCCUGGACAGCCCCACCGUGGUGGAGCACAGCCCCCCUCUCCCGGUGGAGACAGUGGAGUGUCUCCUCUUCCUGAAGGCCAACCUGGAGACUUUCCCCAGCUACGCGCCCCCGCCCCUUGUGUGCCCCAGCGGGGACCUGGCUGAGAGCGAGCAGGCCGGGGGGCCCGCCGCCACAAUCCGCCGCCCUCCUGGCCUGCCCGGAGGAGCCCCGCCGUAGGUGGGGGGAGGGGGCUGAGUGUUGCAGGCAGCACGGCCAGAGUCUGGAAUCUGGAAAGAGCGGGGAAUUUCCUCACGCCUCGGCAGGUUACCUUUUUUUCUCUCAGGGAGAUGUCGUUUUCACCUGUUAACGUGAUUCGUUCCUGGCAUUGCGUGUGCACAGGAGGCUCGCUGGCGGUGGCUGGCUGCGCCGCCCGUUCCAUAAGCAGGGACGCUCCUCUGGAACAUCGGCGGGACUUGAGGGCCAUAUGUGCAGCUUGUCUGUGUGCAAAGGGACUCGUGCCCUUAAGAGUUCUGCUUUCUCAAGGCACAGGGACGGGGGAGGUGUGGGUGCUGGCAUGUGCUCAGUGGGCUACGGACGCGGCCACCUGGAACCCGGGCGAGCUGUGACAGCUCUCUCUGAAACUGCUUUCCCUGCAGGAAGAAAGCCUGAGGUAGAGUAGCCAUCGUAAGAUGCGCACACACGUACGUGUCCGUCUUCUUGGGGUCUGUACUCGCCCGUGGAUCUCAGAUCCCGUAGUGGCCGAAGGACCCUGGUGGAAGGGACCGGCCAGCCAGCCAAGGGGUGGGAACUGGGGAGCGCUGAGACGCUUGGGCCUGCAACGGCCUGACCUGGAGUUAGUUCCAGACUGCGGGGACCUGGGAGCUUCUACGGGGAAAGCAGUCUCGGAGAGAGCUUCCACACUCACCCAGACUCUGGGCGGCUGAGCGUCUGUGCCACCUGCAGCGCCCACACCUCCCCUUGUCCCUGGAAGCGAGAAAGGCCGUGUAUCAGACCGACCAGGGACGGACUGCCCUAAGUUCUGUCGGGGAGGGCGCGAGACCUGAGUGCAGGAUCCCAAGUCGGGGGAGGACUGCUGGGGCUGGCUUGUCACACCCCACAGGACAUGAGGCUGGCUCUCCUGAGGUGCUGGGUCACUAGGAAAUGUGGCUCUGAGAGGCAGGGUGAGGCACUCAAGGCCUAGCUUGCACUUCGCCCCUGGCUGUGGGGGUGAGCCCCUCCCCCCCGCCUCCCCUGAGGGGUGGUCAGUCAUGCGUCACUGGGACUGAUGCGCCAGGACAUCGGGAAGUUACUGAGAAUGUCAGGGAGCAGGGAAAAUUAGCCGUAAUCCUUUUCCAGUCUCCGUUAACGUGGUGCCAUACCUGCUCGUUGACGUGGUGCGUACCUGCUCGUUGACGUGGUGGCAUACCUGCUCGUUAACGUGAUGCCAUACCUGCUCGUUAACGUGGUGACAUACCUGCUUGUUAAUGUGGUGCCAUACCUGCUCGUUAACGUGGUGCCAUACCUGCUCGUUGACGUGGUGCCAUACCUGCUCGUUAACGUGGUGCCGUACCUGCUCGUUAAC